CCACCUCUUUCUCUCUCCCGUUGAGUCUGUGAAGUUCAACGAUCGACACUGGCAAGAUGAUUCUGGUCAGAGCUCCAGUCGUAUACGAUUACUUACCGCUAAGAUACCGCGAUCGGCGCUCAUCGAAUCCAACCUUGGUUUGUAUGUCCAACAACAGAAUCGUCGCGGCGUCCUCACAGAAGCGAACAGGCAUAUCCGCCAUGGAAGCUCGAGUAUCACUCGUCUUUGCUCUUACUUCUCAAACCGCGUCUAUAUCUCAGAGAUUUUUUGAAGACCUAGUGAACGAAACAGUGAAGUAUGUAUUUCCUCGGAGGUUCGAUAGUCAAAGUUUGGAGGAAGCUUUAAUGGCAGUACCUGAUCUUGAGACUGUGAAGUUUAAGGUUUUGAGCCGGAGGAAUCAGUACGAGAUAAGAGAAGUAGAGCCAUAUUCCAUUGCCGAGACAACAAUGCCUGGGAAAUAUGGUUUCGAUUUCAAUGGUGCAUCACAAUCUUUCAACGUCUUAGCCGAAUAUUUGUUUGGUAAGAAUACAACAAAGGAAAGAAUGGAGAUGACAACCCCUGUUUUUACCCGUAAGAGUCAAUCUGAUGGGGAGAAGAUGGAAAUGACAACACCUGUGAUAACAAAGAAGCUGGAGGAUGGAAACAAGUGGCAGAUGUCAUUUGUCAUGCCCUCAAAAUAUGGUUCCAAUCUACCAGUGCCAAAGGAUUCAGCUGUGAGGAUCAUAGAUGUGCCAAGGAAGAUUGUUGCUGUUUCUGCAUUUUCAGGAUUUGUUACUGAUGAAGAAGUUAGCCGUAGAGAGUUAGCAUUGCGAAAUGCACUGAAAAAUGACACCGAGUUCAAAGUGAAGGAUGGUGCCACAGUGGAAAUUGCACAGUACAAUCCACCUUUUACACUUCCCUUCACACGUCGCAAUGAGAUUUCUCUAGAGGCUUACUUCCUCCACAUACAAAAUUUUCAUCACCUUUUAGAUGCUCAACCUCAUUUGUGGUUUGCUGCUUUGUCUUCUUGAUCAUGGGAACCAUAUGUUCUACUGAAAUUCCUCCUUCCAUUAACAUGACCUCCAGUUCUUUCUUAGUGAUAACUAGCUUAAUCCUGACAACUCCACCUCCAUUGCAUGUUACUGCCUCAGGAUCAGCAAAUCUUACCUUUUUUUUCUCUCUUCGUGCUGACGGUACUAUUGGAAGUGGUAAGAGGUAGUAAAGGCAACCACUAACCAUGACAACGUCUGGUUGAAGAUGCUGGAUGACAGGAAGUCUAUCGGAUAUUGCAUGACCAGCAAAAUCUGAUAAGACUUCAUGAACUUUGAUGGGUACCUUGUAUUCAAGUACUUUGCCAUCGGUUUUCACUACCUUGAUUAUGUUUUCUCGGGUGACCAAACAAUUUCCCAUGAUUAUGUUUUUUCUUAGCUUAUCUGAAAAUAUUUACUAUGUUGUAUAUAUAGGAAACCAAGUGGAAACUGCCCCCUGUCAUAGCUCAAUAUUACAAAAGGACCUCAAUGCCGCUUUGGACCCCACAUUGUUACAUCUAAGUGCAAUUUGGAACAAUUGGCUCCACUGGAACCUUUAUGUAGUGGUGGACUACCAUUUAGAGGGGCUUACUACAUAUUUAUAACAUUUACCCAGGUAUGUGCUUGGCCUCUCAAAUGUUCACUAAAUUAGUAAGAUUGAGUUCUUUGCGAAGUAAAAU